AGGAGCUGCCCUGCUCAACGCUCGAAGCGCCGUCCAUGGUCGCUGCCGUCGCCACGGCCGGCGCCAUCGCCGCCCACACGGCGCACGGGAACAUCCACGCCAUGACGACCUGGAAGAAAUGCAUGGUGAUCAGGAGCACCGCCUUAGCGCGUGGCCCUUCCGUGCGGCCGUGUCACCUUCCUCCCUCACCGGUGAGCGCGCGCUGUUCGACGAGCUGCUUCGGGCGCCGAGCAAGGAGGAGGAGGUGGACGACCUCGACGCCGGGGAGGAGCCCGGGUCGGAGGCCACCUUAGCGUCGCCAGGGCCGAACGCCGGCGACGAGGAGCUGCCCUGCUCAACGCUCGAAGCGCCGUCCGUGGUCGCUGCCGUCGCCAUGGCCGGCGCCAUCGCCGCCCACACGGCGCACGGGAACAUCCACGCCAUGACGACCUGGAAGAAAUGCAUGGUGAUCAGGAGCACUGGGGUUUGCUUGCAGGCCCUUGUGCACGUAAGGGAGUACUAA